AUAAGUUGCACGAACCAAACUAAAAAUUUCACACAGACGUUCUAGCAAUAAAAAAAAAAAAAAAAACAAAUUAAAAUACUGUAAAGUGAAAAAAACCUACAGAAAUACUUACUUGUUUAUAAUUCUCAUAUUUAAUUUUGAGUGUAAAGCCUUUGUACAGGCUAAGACGAACGCGACAAAGUUUAUAGUAUAAGUAUAUGAAUGGUAACAAAUUAACGAGGCCAAUCAACGGGAGGGUCAGUCGGUCCUUUGCUUGGUUCGAAAGACGAAAAUUGUUGUCUUUGGUACUGAUCAGUCACUAUACUUCGCAGUAGGAAAUCGAACGAACAUACAUUAAACAAAGAAAAUACCAAAGCAUUCACCGACAUGGACAAUAUAAAAUCGCCGCUGAGAGAGAUGGCGGAGCAAAGAGAACAUCCCACACAUGUUGGUACCAUAACAACAUUCGGCGAUCAAUCUACAAUAUCAACGGCACCACAGCCGCAUAUGCAACCGCCUCACGACGACGAUGCCUGGUGGUGGGAAGUAGAGAAUGGCGAUUUGAUAUUAGACCUCGUGCCGAAUGUUGCCGCACGAAGGGAAAGUGAACUUAAUAACAGCAGUACCAACAAAAAUGAGCUGCCCGCGGAUUUUGCCUCAAUUUUGAAACGUUGCGAAAAUGUAAAUGCGCAAUUGAUGAUAAAAAAUACAAAAGCAAGUCAGAGAAAUAAGGAUAAUGCGAUGGCAGAAAGCGACGAAGAAGCAUCGGGCUCUACUAAAAUGCUGUAUGAGGAACCGCGCACAGACGAUAAAUUGGCAGGAGGCAGCGUUCGAGCUUACCGCAUACUUAACUCACAAGACUCACACGCACUCUGCAAUACUGUAGCAGGAGAACAAACACUCGAAGAAUUCAAAGAAGAAUUGCGCAUCAAGCGAUUAGCUCGCCAGACGGCCGUGCAAGACUUGCGCGAUGAGAUCGUCACAUUACGCAGACAAUUGGCCGAUGAGCAGGAGCUUACGCGCUGCUUUCGACGAAAGGAUACAGUCGAGCUAACGAGUGCAGAUUCGGAAAGGCCGCUGGUAGAAGAAGAAGGUACUAUUAUCGGUGCCACCGCUGGACCAGACUCUGACGAUGAGGAUCCCCAGAGUCGCGGUCGCCAUGCCAAUAUUGAACUUGCUAAUGCACAGCUUGCUCUACAGAUGGCUAAUGCGGAGAACUUAUCGUUGCGCACCGAAUUAAGUGUUAUACAAAAACAAGUUGGCACUUUGAAGGAAGUCAUUGCCUGCUGUAAACAGAUGCUUAUCGUUAAGGAGGAUCAGUGUGUACAGGUGCCCGAAAAUGCCCAAUUUGUGUUUCUUUGGUUGUUUCUCGCGCUGUUGAGAGCCACUUUGAGCGAGCAAUAUUUGAUUCUCAGUAGCUCGAAGUUUCUGAAAACUGUCAAACUGCCAGAAGAAGAGGAACAAUGUUAA